AUAAAUAUCUAACUUUCACGGUAAAGGAAUCAAAUUUCUGAUCAGUUCUGAACGAAAAGGAAUGAUUUGGCUUGACACUCGAACGUCUGUAGCUGAUAGUCAGAAAGAUCACAAAAUUAUGAAAUCAAUACGUUGUAUCCAAACACACUAGUCACGCAAAGUUUUAAUUUCAUCGAUGAGAUUUACAUACAGACCAAAGACGGAUUGAGAGCAAGAUGAGGGUUUUCACGUUUAACACCCGUGCAAGAAGUCUCAAAACUUCGAUGAUCAGUUAAACCAGUUUGAAGGGGAAAUGGCCGAAAAUGCGGUACGACUUGGUCAAUACGAACUUCUCAAGUAUUCCUUUGGAGCGUUCCUAACUUGUUCUGACGUAGCAACCGACAUAUUGAUAGCAACAACUUACUACCGACAGCGACAGUUUAUCUGGUUUAGCUUUUGCUUAGCGUUUGCAGUUAUGCCAUCGCUCCUAUUAACACUCGCAUAUCUCUUGCAACGCUGUACACAAGAGAGCAAGAUCGCGCUAGUGAGAGAAUUUAUUUUCUUUGCCAAUCCAUGCGGAUCUGGUUUUCUAAAGAUGAAGCUUCUACUCGUGUGUUUACGGAAUUAUGAUGAGGUACGGAGCGAUCAGGGCUGGCUCGUCGACGACGAAAAACUUCGGCAGGAUUACAGAGCCGAAAAAGUUUAUCAUUAUGUAGAAGGCCUUUUGGAAAACAUGCCACAAAUCCUUCUUCAGAUUUACGUGACAAUCAUUCAAGAUCAAAACAUCUAUCCGAUACAGAUUUUCUCGAUUUGUGUUACAUUUAUAAACCUUGUUUGGGUAAUGACCUUGUUUGAAUAUUGCAGCUUCGUUAAAGAAGCUACAGUAACAGAUUUUUUUGUUAUAGUAUUUUACAACGUUUGCCUCAUCGCUGCCCGUGGACUGUCAAUUGUAGCUUUCCUUGUUGCUUUUAAAUGGUUUACCUCAGCUGUGCUGGCUUUCCACGAGUUUGUCUGCAUAACAAUUUAUAUCUACAGAAAUCACAAAUACUUCAGCGAGAAAGAAGUUUGGUGGAUUGCUUUGCUUAUUAUGCCAUGCUACGUAUUCGUUUACCUUGGAUUUAAAGUGAUGGAUCUUAAUGCCAAAUUGUUCGACAUAAAACUUGCUAGAUCCGUGUUUUCUUCAGCUCUCUUUUAUUUUUGUUUCACCGGUGAAAAUGUUGUAAUGAUUUUGCUGUUUUUCUCAUGGUCAAAGACGAAUAAUGACUUUCGGUGGAAUCCGUGGAUUUCAAAAGUUGCCACAAUUUCUGUCAUUGUUUUGUCUGUAGUAGGGGCGGUCAUACAAAUUUUUUUUACGUUUUCAUUCUUUCAUAAACCAACAAGAAUUACGCCCAACCCUGAGCCAGAAAUUCACGGUUUGGAAUCUUAUCAACCUAGAGAUAUCCUUGCUAACCAAUCGAAUUCACAGGUAAAACCACGUGAAUCUAGAUAUAUCCCGCAAUUUGUACCAGAAUAGUAAUAAAAAUUGAAUGAAUGUAUUGCAUGA